AGGCAUUUACCAAUUAUAUCAUAUAUUACAAUUAAAAUAUAUUUGGAAAAUGCGAAACACAUUAUUUAUAAUUUUUAUAUCAUUUAGUGACAAACACUGACCAAAAAUAACAAUUCAUUUUGUAAUUUAGAAGAAAAGACUUUACCGUAUGUCCUUCAAGCGUUGCUAAAUUCUUUAAUGACACACAUUAACCAAAAAUAACCCUCGUAUCAAUCUCCGAUCAAGCCUCCUCGCUGCAGUCUUAAAUAUAAGCAUGAACGGACGACCGUACACACUCUCCAACACACCGAACCCUGCUGGUUGUGUACAUGUACAUCUCCCGGAUUCAUGUUUCCGCCCCAAACUUGGUGUGAUGUGUGUUGCUCUUUUAUCUGAGCUGCCUCUGUGGCGGGAAAGAUAAGAGGGUUUGAGAAGGCCUUUGAACUGCUGAGCAUCAAUCGCAGAUUUCUCUCCCCUCUAUUUCCUCAUCUGCGGACCUCAAUGUAUUCGACUACCUCAGCCAACCCGAGCAGUGGACGCAAUAAUGAUACCCGACACUUAAAGCAGAAAGUGUUGUGGUCUGUGCAACAUAUAGUGUUUUGCUCUCCCUCUCUCUCUCUCUGUGCUGCUCGUUUCUUUGUCUCCUUAUCCAUUUGCAUGCCAACCCUUAUCAAGCUGGGCUGUCCUUUCUUCAGCCUGCAUCCUAAUUAUGCGUCUCAAAGAGAGACCGGCCGGCCCCCUACAUCUGACAAGCGUCUGAGGAAAAAAAGCUGCAUGUCUGAUGCCUAAAUCCCGUUUUCUCGAAAAAGCGCCCAUCGCUCAAAGCUCACGUAUGUUAGGGGGCUCGAGUCUAACAUGCUCGCCGAAGGAAACCAGGAUGCUGCUUCAAGGGGGGUUCUAGCCCUGAUUCGGGGCUUCUGCGUUCCCCACACCCGCCUCAAAUCGCCACCGCGUACUGAGCACUUUUCUUAAUAUACUCAUUCAUAUAAACACUUGGACUGUCACAUGAAGGCGGGGCUCCCUGUAACUCCACAGUGACGUGAUGAGGCUUGUCUUGGUCAAACCUACCAAUGAAACGGGCCUUCUUGACUCCACCGGGGCUGCGCGCAGCGAAAGGGUGCCGGAUCAUUGCAACGCAAAGCGGCACUCCGCCGCAGGUGAGGCGGGGAUGCAGCAUCGCUACUCGGGAGCCGUCCAUCAGCACCACCACCAACAACACCAUCACCACAGCCACGCGGAGCACAGGGGUGGCCCUAGACAGACCGCGCACCCCUUGCCAAAACAGAGCCAAGAGAACCUGCCCAGCCCUGUCAGUCAGGAAGCACCAGUCAAAAGCCAAGGGAGCGACCCAAGUCUCGCAGACUGUUCCAAACCCUCCCUAAGUCGGCAGCAGAGUGUUGGAGGGGCUGCCAAAACUGCGAAUUGCCAACAAGAUCACUGUUCGUGCAGCUGCGGAUUGCAAGAGCAUCAACAGCUGUUGCAGCAACAGCAGCAGCAGCAUCACAACCCUCCACCUUCCCUCCAGCUACAGGUUCAGCAGCAGCGGCUGCUGAGGAGCAGCCUGCCCAACUGCUGCUUGAGGGGAUCCGCGGAGCUGAGAAGCCAGCAGCCGUCGUCGCUUCUGCAGCAGCAGCACCGUGACAAAGACGAGCAGCGGAAUCUAGCGUGGACGCCUGAUAGAUGCCAGGGAGCCAGGAACUCCGUUUCGCCGCGGAGUAAAAGCAGCCCGCUGUCCUCUGACAGUCGCCUGUGGCUCGAGGAGAAUAAACACAGACACGAAGGCUGUAAGGUGAAUGCGGAUGCCAACAGGCUGAGCCAUGCUGGAUCGCGGCCUUCCCUGUCCCACGGCGGCCCACAGUAUCCUCAGAUAGCCAUGAACAGCUGCAAGUACAAUGGGGGCAUAGUCAGACCACUCGGCAGUCUGGGGGCGUCCCGGAGGAACCUAGCAGAGCUGGACUCUGAGACACAACCUUUGCAGACCCUGCACACUUCCGGCCUGGAGGUGGUGGUCUCCAAAGGGAACGGGGAAGACCCUAGUAAGCAGUCCAGCGAGAACCUUGUGAGGCAAAGACCAUGCAGCGCUCCACAUAAGAAGAACAAGGACAUUGGCUAUAAGCUCGGGCACCGGAGGGCGCUGUUCGAGAAACGCAAGCGCCUUAGCGACUACGCCCUGAUUUUUGGAAUGUUUGGGAUUGUUGUCAUGGUGACGGAGACCGAACUCUCUUGGGGAGUUUAUACAAAGGAAUCCUCAUAUUCAUUUGCACUGAAAUGCCUUAUUAGCCUCUCCACUGUAAUUCUGCUCUGUCUGAUCAUUAUGUACCACGCACGAGAGAUUCAGCUCUUCAUGGUUGACAACGGAGCAGACGACUGGCGGAUAGCCAUGACGUACGAGCGUAUCCUGUUCAUCGUUUUGGAGCUGCUGGUGUGUGCCAUCCACCCUAUUCCAGGUCAGUACGUCUUCACCUGGACUGCCCGCCUGGCCUUCACUUACACCCCGUCUGUGGCGGAUGCAGACGUGGACAUCAUCCUCUCCAUCCCCAUGUUCCUGCGACUGUAUCUGAUUGGCCGGGUCAUGCUCCUGCACAGUAAGCUCUUUACGGACGCCUCGUCACGCAGUAUCGGAGCCCUCAAUAAGAUCAACUUUAACACACGCUUUGUCAUGAAGACUUUGAUGACUAUCUGCCCAGGCACAGUCCUGCUGGUUUUCAGCAUAUCAUCAUGGAUCAUUGCUGCCUGGACUGUGCAUGUCUGCGAGAGAUACCAUGACAAAGUGGAAGUCACCAGUAACUUCUUGGGAGCCAUGUGGCUGAUCUCCAUAACCUUCCUGUCUAUUGGUUAUGGAGACAUGGUGCCUAACACAUACUGUGGGAAGGGAGUGUGUCUCCUUACUGGAAUCAUGGGGGCCGGUUGCACUGCUCUAGUGGUGGCUGUCGUAGCCAGGAAGCUAGAACUCACCAAGGCUGAAAAGCAUGUCCAUAACUUUAUGAUGGACACUCAACUCUGCAAAAGAGUGAAAAAUACGGCUGCUAAUGUACUCAGGGAAACAUGGCUAAUCUACAAACACACAAAGCUUGUGAAGAAGAUUGACCAUGCCAAGGUCCGGAAACAUCAGCGCAAGUUUCUGCAGGCCAUUCACCAAGCUCAGAAACUGCGAAGUGUGAAGAUGGAGCAAAGAAAGCUGAAUGAUCAAGCGAACACACUGGUGGACUUAGCAAAGACACAGAAUGUGAUGUACGACCUGGUCUCAGAGCUGCAGGAGCGCAGUGAGGAGCUAGAAAAGCGGAUCGGUCACCUAGAGGCAAAACUGGACUCCAUAAACAGCAGUCUGCAGGCUCUGCCUGGCCUGCUUUCACAAGCCAUACAGCAGCAACAGCACCACCUGCUGGACGGGCUGACCCAGCGCGGAUUCACUCUCACACGACCCUCCUCGCAGACCUCCGAGCGCUCCUGGGCGUCAUCUGCGCACCGACGGAGAUCACCCUCUACCGCACCACACACGUCCUCCGAUAGCGGCUAGCACGCUCGCACACACUCAGAACCAUACUCUAAACCUACACACACACUCCUACACACCUCUGUCAUCAACUAACACUGCUAAAUAUACUUUUAGUACUAAAACGUUAACAAGAAUGACAACUCCAACACACUGGAAUUAAAUGUAAUAAAUUAACACAUCAUGGUAGAGAUAUGGUUUAUGUUUAGCCAUUGUAUGGCUGUUUAAAGUUAGCUUUUUUGUAAAGCCCUUGUAUAGUAUGGACUGGAUUCAGACUGCAGGGGGUGGAAUGGGUUUAUAUAUAUAUAUAUAUAUAAAGACAUAUAGUUUGGAAAACAGAAUUCAAUGGAGCUAAACGCAUAGAAACAGAGGACUGAGAAGGAAGGAAAAAUGCAAUGUUUCUGAAUAGCAUACCAGCAUGCUUCUUACUGCAGUAUAUAUUUGUAUACAGUGUACGGUAUGCAAGUUUUCUGUAUGCAUUAAAACAACAUUUGUUAGAAAACACUGCGUUGCGUAACACAUCCCACAAUGCAAUGCAUUUGACUUUCUUUUUUUAGCAUAAAAUGUUUUGACAUAAAAAUGAGACUUUUACCCAAAAUUAGAUUAAAAAUUUAAUUAAAUCCCUUGUGGUCCUUGGUCGUUUCAGACCAAAGCAAAAUGUUUUGAAAUGUUUUUUUACUUCGUUAGAAUGGUGCAAAACUUUUGUGACUUUUGUGGCACUUACUGUAAAACAAAAAUGAAAAAAAAAAUGUGGGCAUGGCUAGAUAAAAGGCUAAAUGAAAACUCACAUGUGUGAUAAUGGGAAAUGCAAAAAAUAUGAAUAUGCAGAGUUUGGAGGGGAUAUAAUCUACAAAUGCCAAAAAAUGCUAAAAUGCCAUUAAACAUUUUAUUAACUUGAAAAUAAUGCCAUUUGUUUUCUAAUAGAUGUAUCACUUUAUCUAUAAACAAAUUAGUCAUUUUAGAGGUGAAUCUUGUUUGAAAUAUAAAAAUGCUAAAUAUUAAGGGAUUAAACAUUCAGCGUUGUAACAAUUACACAUUUGAAGAAUAUUGCAAAUUCAAUGGAAGAAGUAGUACUGUAUACAGUAUGUACUGCGCAGUAUGAAGUAAAUACUAAGCUGGUAUUCUAAUCCAAUAAAUACUGUUAUUGAAUUGUCCAGCUCACAGAAGCUGAGGAAGGGCCUUUGGAAGACCGCUAUAUAAAAAUGCGUCCAGUUAUUAUUAAAAAAAAUAUAUAUUUUCAAAAGGAUAAAAAAUGUAGCUGGUCCAGUUUAGCUGAUAAAUGUUUCCACAUUGCGUAUUUUCUUUAUAUUACACUGACCACAUUCAAGGUCUAAUGAAUAAUAUUAUAUGGCCAUUCCACAUUAAAUAUGAUUCUAGCAGUGCUUCCAAAGGUCCUUAAAGUUCGGGACAGCAUGGGGAUGUGAUGGGAAGGAAAUACUGUAUACCCCCUCGCACGUUUCAAUGCAAAUGUCGAAGGAGCUGACCCAUAGGAUGGUUUUCGCUUGAUUUUUCCUUUCUUUUCUUUUCUCAUUUUUUACAGAGAUUCCUUUUUUUAUUAUUUACCUAGAUUUUUAUAGCUUGUAGAGGAUAUACAAGAUGUUACAGCAGAGUGGCAGCGUAGAUGAAAAACAUGCAUUUCUCGAUCAAAGACUUCGACAAAUUCACCUAAACAAAACAUUAGAAGAGUAACGACAGGAGAUGAACCCCGCACUUGGAUUUCAUUACCACUUACACGAUUCGGUUCCCAUGUUCUAGGUUCAGGACGAAAGCAUCAAGAUGUGAUUGUCAUUACGGGUUUGAAAAACAGCAAACUGCCUUUACUGUGUGUCUUUGGCCUUGUUGACCAAGCUGUAGCGGAUUUACAUAAUGCUGGGCUCCAAUAUAAAGAAAUAAAUGAACAAAUCCA